ACAAGUACAACGCUUUUCUCCUCGCUGCCUGUGCUUCUCUUUCCUCCUGGAAGGUGGGCAGGGCAGUCUGACGCGCUCGUCGAGGCGGUUCUGCAGUUUCAGUCUCUCAGACUCAGAGCAACUACAGCACAAACGCAGCGGCGUAAACCAGGGAGGAAAGCAGUCUGCCGUUUAUUGCUGUUUGUUCAUUCUAAAAGCAAGCCCAUGACAAAGCGGUCGAGAUGUCUUGAUACUGAGUGAAGCGAUGGCGUUGCCGGGCGACUAAUCUGGCGUAUGCGGUGGAAUAUUAUUUAUUGAAGUAAGGCUCAUUCUUGUUGGGCUGCUGUUUUUGCUAUACUCGAUGGCGCAGAAGGUACAGACACCACCGCUGCUGUCUUGUUUUCGUUUAGUAGAACUGCAGCGCAUAUCUUUGAAUCGCAAUGCCUUUGUAAUGAUGACGGUGAUGCAGAAAAUGCGAGCUGUGAAGGAAAGGGGGCAAGUAACCUUGCUACCCGGAGAAUAAUAAAUACUGCACUCAAUGAAAACAGAGAGGUGUGGUCUAACCGAACCAUGGAUGGAAAGGAGAAUAAACUGAAAACAGCCAGGUUAUGGAGAGAUGCUGCGCUGCGCUCCAGAAAGCUGAGAAGCAACCUGCGCCAGCUGACUCUCAGUACCCAUAACAACCAGAAGAUUACUCUGCCUGAGAACAUCAACGAGAUAGAGGCUCUAAACCUGGGGAACAACUCUCUACAGGAGCUGCCCGAGGGUUUGGGAGCCGCCCUGAUCAACCUGCACAUUCUUAUAUUGAGGAGAAAUAAAUUCGCCAGUAUCCCGCUGCCGGUUUUCGAGCUCGGGCACCUGACGGAGCUGGACCUGAGCCACAAUUGCUUAGGUAAUUUCUCUGAGGAAAUAGGAUGCUUGAAAAAUCUGAAAAAACUGUGCAUCAGCCACAACAAGCUGACAGCCCUGCCAUCACAGAUAGGGACUUUACAGAACUUAGAGGAGCUGGAUAUUAGUUUUAACGAACUCUGCCAAUUUCCUCGUUCUUUUGGCCAGCUUAAAAAGCUGAGGACACUGGACGCAGAUCACAACAAACUCGCUCAGUUCCCACAGGAGAUUUUGUUACUAAGCGAUCUGGAGGAACUGGACUGUUCCGGCAAUAAAAUAGAUUGCUUGCCAACUGGAAUAAUGACGUUGCAGUCCAUAAAAAUAUUGUGGCUGAGCAGCACUAAAAUCUCUGCGUUACCAGAGACCUUCUGUGAUUUGAAAAACUUGGAAAGCCUUAUGCUGGAUAACAAUGCUUUGACAGCUUUACCACAACCUUUUGGCAAAUUGCAAAGACUGAAAAUGAUUAACAUUUCUUCAAACUUCUUUGAAGCUUUUCCUCUUGUUAUUCUUGAGCUUGUGGGUUUGGAAGAACUAUACCUAAGCAGGAACAAACUGUCAAUUGUCCCUGAGGAGAUAGGCAAGCUCUUUAUGCUUGCUAAUUUGUGGUUGGACAAUAACAAAAUAACAUACCUUCCUGACACUAUAGUGGAGCUUAGUAAACUAGAGGAGCUGGUGUUACAGGGUAACCAAAUUGCCAUCCUUCCUGAAAACUUUGGGAAACUCUCCAGAGUUAACAUAUGGAAAAUUAAAGACAAUCCUCUGAUACAGCCUCCCUAUGAGGUGUGUAUGAAAGGCAUCCCCUACAUAGCGGCCUAUCAGAAAGAAUUAGCACAUUCCCAGCCUGCAGUAAAGCCAAGGUUAAAAUUGGUUCUAAUGGGACUAAAGGAUGCUGGGAAAACAAAACUGAGGCAAUGCCUCGUUAGUAAGAGACAGGAUAUUCCUGCAGUGCCUGGAAAUAAAGGGAUAGACGUGACGAACUGGAUUGCAGAUGUAGAGCGGAGUCUUACCUUUAUUGUUUAUGACUUAUCGGGGGAUAACAAUUAUGAUUUGAUAAAACCGUUUUUUCUUUCACCUGGUGCUUUGUACAUACUGGUAGUCAACUUAAAGGCAUACAUGUCUAAACAUUUUUAUACCUAUGUGGGUUAUUUCCUGCACCUGCUCAGUGCCAAAGUCCCACAUGGUGUGGUGUGCAUUGUGGGGACCCACAUGGAUUUGUGCAGUGAGAUGGAAAUAGAAGAAAAAUGUCUGGAUAUCCACCGCCAAAUAGCGCUUCAGGAGAAAAGGGACAUUAGGUUCUUGGAAGGCCUGGCACACAAGGUGGACCGAGCUCUGGGCCAGGACUAUGAUGUGAGGACCUCCAGCCCCCAUGCUCUCUUUUAUGGGGUCUCAGAUAAAAACCUGCGACGCAAGAAAGCUCAGCUGCAGUACCUGCUCAACAACCGGCUUCAGAUCCUAUCCCCGGUCUUCUGCGUGAGCUGUGCCAAGGACCUCAGAAACACCCAGCGGCUGAAAGAGAAGCUCAUGUCAGUGGCCGAGCACCGGGAGAUUUUCCCCAACCUUCACCGCGUCCUUCCAAAGUCCUGGCAGAUGCUGGAGGAGCUGCAUUUCAAGCCCCAGGAGCUCUGGGUGUCCUGGUGGGAUUCAGCCCGGCUGGGUCUGCAGGCAGGUCUAACUGAGGACCGUCUUCAGAGUGCACUGUCUUACCUACAUGAGAGCGGCAAGCUCCUUUACUUUGAGGACAGCUUGACCCUCAAAGAAUAUGUCUUCCACAACCUGUCCAAGCUUAUUGAUAUCCUCAAUGUCUUCUUUCAGCGGGAUGCUACCAUGCUGCUGCAGAAGCUGCUGAUUCAUGAGGACAUGGACCAGCUGACAGCUGCACAGCUCCACCACUAUGUUGAGGGCUUCCUCUUACAUGGCCUCCUGCCCUCCCAUGUCAUGAAGCUUCUCCUCAAGGCCCACAUUAAGACGCAGCAGGAACUGCAUCUCAUCCUGGAGCUGCUGGAAAAGAUGGGCCUCUGUUAUUGCAUUAAUAAACUAAAGUCAAAGCCCCUCAAUGGUGCCACUGUGUGGUACAAGUUUCCUUGGUAUGUAAAAAACCAAAGGCCCCAUGCUGAAGCCUGGAUCAAUGGGAGCUCUAACAUGUCUGGGCACCUUUUUGCAGUAGAGCAGCUCCAGAUCGAGUACAACUUCCCGUUCCUCUUCCCUCCGGGCCUCUUUGCCAGGUACAGUGUGCAGGUCAAUGCCCAUGUAGUGCAGCGGUCAGAUGGAAAGUUUCAAAUAUUUGCCUACCGUGGGAAAGUGCCUGUGGUGGUUAGUUACCAGCCAUCCCAGAGUGGCCUGCAGGCAGACACCUUGUCCAUCGCCAGCCACGCUUCGUUGCCAAAUAUCUGGACUGCUUGGCAAGCCAUAAUUCCUUUAGUGGAAGAAUUGAAUGUCCUUCUGCAGGAAUGGCCAGGACUGUAUUACACUGUGCAUGUUCUCUGUUCCAAGUGCCUUAAAAGAGGGUCACCUAAUCCACACACCUUUCCAGGAGAGCUGUUGAGUCAACCUCGGCCCGAGGGAGUAACGGAGAUCAUCUGCCCAAAGAACGGGAGCGAGCGAGUCAACGUGGCCCUGGUGUACCCCCCAACCCCUACUGUCGUCAGCCCCUGCCUGAAGUGAGCGGCCCUGCAGGUGAACCCUCCCGGCUCCCCCUUCAGCACAGCCACCUCCUCCCUCGCUUCAGCACUUGACCAACACACACAUCCUCGCCAUCCCUGGAAUCAACACGUUAUUGUGAGACAGCGACGUGAGAGUUCACCUGGAAAGGAUAGCAAACAGGCCAAUUGGAUGCUUUCGUAUUCUGAAGAACAGUAUACAACAAAGACAUAACGUUGACAUUUCAGAAACACGUAUUAAAUGACUCUUGUAUUAAAAUAUGAACGCUGUAUAUCGCUAGUUACCGCUUCUUAAAGCCAAACCAGACAGGAAUUUUCGGACUGCUGCAAGUGAUCUAGAUAGAUAGAUUGUUCAGCCUCAGCCUGCUUUCACUGAGAAAUGUUCAGUUUCAGCGGUUUCUCAGGGAGCAUGACAGAAGCGCAAUUGAAAGCCAUAUUGAAUAUCCACUUGAUGGUUGUCUGACUCAAUUGCAGUUGAAAACAUCUUUUUGUACAUUAUCUGUCUGAAAAAUGAGUGAGAUAUGCUGCAUUUUCUUUGGGCCUAUUUAAAAAAAAAAAAAAAGAAAGAAAAAAAGCAAAAGUGGAUCUUCCGAAUGCUAACAGUACCAAUGAUUUCCUGUCGUGUGCAUAAGCAUCAAGCAUUGAUGAUCACUGAAGGGCAAGAAACUGAAUGUCAUAUUGUGUGUUUAUUAUUAUUUUUUUUAUUAUUAUUUAUUUUAUUUUUUUUACUAAAGAAGCCGUGUAUUUUAGUUAAAAACUUUUUUAGUCCACCCUUCAAACAUUACUUUGUCCUUCCUGGGUUAAAUAAAUGAGGUCAAACUUUAAGAAACAAAGUCAAGUAGACAAAUGUGUAGGUCUUCACCUGUGUAGCUGAGCUGAAAGGCCCAGGUUCCACCUCGUACUGUAAAGAUCUGAUUUGGUCUAGCCUGCCAUUUCUUACUGGCUCUGUCCAUACAGGUUUGGACAGAUAUUCAUUCUGACUGUACACAUGACUUACAAAUCUACACUAAGAAAGUGACGGGGGAUGAGACUCAAACAUUUACCUCGUUUGUGCACCUGGGAAACUGCAUUUCAAACUGAGGAAGCCAUCUUCACCUACACAUCACCUGGAACGUCCAGCUGAGGAUGACCAGUGGAACCUGCGCAUGAGAAAGAUCGGAAGAGUCCUUCUGAUACUCAAGACAACUAGUCACUUGCAACAUGUUGACAAAAGUUGGAAAAUGCUGCCAAAAUACUGUUCUGCUUUUGCUGUACAGUUGCGGAUUGAGGACAUAGCUCUGUACAUAUCUGAAGUGGUAAUGUUAUUAUCACCUCUGAAAGUGACGUUCCGUAUGUAUGUAUUGCAGCACUGGAUAUACUGUAUGGUUGGAUUUACUGUGUGGUGCAGUAUAGGAUACACCACAUGAUGUAAGCGACUUGUUUCCUCAAACGGAAAGUUAAAUGUUUUGCUGCCUUCAGUUCCAGCACUUUAUAGGACCUAAGUUAAGCUCAACCCUAUACAAGAAAUAAUUGAUUGAGCAUUUUAGAAUUUUAAUCAGACACCUGUAUGCAUACUGCCCCUUUAACAAAACUCACAGUUGUACAAUACACAUUUUUAUCCUGAUGUAGGGGAAAUGGAACACUGCAUAUAUAUAUAUAUAUAUAUAUAUAUAUAUAUAUAUAAUAGAGUAUGUUGAAAAGGUGUAGAAUUUGUAUAGUAUAUAAUCUCUAUUUUUUUAAGAAAGACCAACACAUUUCAAUUAAAUUGUAACCAACAUCAGUAAAACAUAUUAACUGUGCAAUAUUAUGCAUGAGUGACAUGCUCAGUUAUGAAAAUGAUAACGCUAUUUUUCUAUUACUGUAUUUGAUUAAAGGAUUUUAUUCUGACUGCAUCUUAAUAUGGCAGUCUAAUAAAAAAAAAAAAACAUUUUCAUUACUACACUGAAACAACAACAACAACAUGCACAAUAAACAGAAAUAUCUGGCUUACUUUUUGUUUGUUCUCUUUUUUUUAUGAGCCUUUUCUGUUCACUUUGGACAACUUUUUAAAAGUAAAUACAAUGAUAUAAAGUGUUUUAUGGUUCUUUUUUAGCCCUAAUAAUCGACAGGUAAAGGACUUCUAAGGAGAUUCUACACAACAUAAUCAAAGUAAUAGACAUGCUUAUACUCUACAGGGCUCUCUAGCUACAGUAUAAGGCUAUGGCUCCCAGCACUUGUGAUUCUUGUUAUAUCGUGGAACACAAGUAGUAUGCACUCCUAACUUUGGCUCCUGAAUACAGGAUACUAUGCGCUUUCUUUCCCGUUGUUUUCACAAUGAUAUACGGUACCAUAUCUGGGAUUUAUUGUGUUUUCCUGUGUGUUUACCCAACUGUAAAACAGUACAAAUAAAAUAAGGUUUGGAUUCAGUUGCAGGGAUAUGGAUUUCCAUUGACUGUUUCAUCCGUUUGGUGAUUUACUAUGAGCUUAAUUAACCAUCAAGAAUAAGCAACCGGCUUCACUUUACACCAUAACCCCAAAAAGGGGUUAAUAUGGAAGUCAGCUACAGAAAGAAAAAAAAUACAAAAAACUAACAGAAAAGGCCACUCCAGCUCAAAUACCAAAGUCUGCCCCCUCUUGUUGCUUAGGCCAACUUACUAAUAAACAACAGCAGAAACAUUUAUAAUUGAGCAACAACCCCCAUCUGUUGUAUGUCCUUAUGCUCUCAUGUGUAAUGCGUUUAUUAUACAUGUGUCACACAUAGUUCAUGUAACACUACACUAUUAUGAUAAAUCAUAGGCCUCAUAGAGCAAUUACAACACAAUGCUAUUGUUAUUAUUGACCCAUAUCAGACACCGAGUUAUAGCACAUUUGCAUAAACAAAAUAUCCCUGUGGGCAUUAUCUAAGGAA